GGUGGGACUCAGCAAGCUGCAAAACAAGGCAGAAAAAGCCAGCAGACAGUCCACGUGGGACGUUUAUUGUGGGGAAGACGAUGCUGUGACGCCAGAUCGUCUGCUGCGGAAGACCUGGUUGUUCAUUCUUGCCGUCGUGUAAUGUGUAGGCGCCGCGAUCUUUGGAUUUGGAGCAAAUGUCUGACUCGCUGUCGACAGCAUUGCGUUUAUAUGUAUAGCUUACCCAUUAACAAGUUGCUGGGAUCAUCUGCUGCUGAUCUGCAGAAUUCCUCUGGUGGCGGCUGCGGGCACUUUAUCGGUUGUGUGAGAGGUCCCACGGCAGUGCAGCCAUGAAGCUCUUCAGGAAGGACGAUAUCUCCACAAAGAAGGACAAGGAUAAUGAGAUCCAGUAUGAGGAGCCACCAGAUGGCGGCUGGGGCUGGAUGGUGGUGCUGCAUUGUUUCCUGGUUAACGUCCUCGUGAUGGGAACGCUGAAGACCUUCGGGAUCUUCUUUUUGGCAUUCCAAGAUGAGUUUGGGGGCUCAGCAGAAAGCAUCAGCUGGAUCGGUUCCAUCAUGUCCAGUUUGCGUCUCUCUGGAGCACCCAUCGCCUCGGUGGCCUGUGCCAAGGUAGGAACCAGGUUGACGUCCAUCACCGGGGCCGUGCUGGUCAGUGGGGGCUUCCUCAUCAGUAUUUUCGCCAACAGCGUGGUGUUCCUCUACAUCAGCAUGGGAGUCAUCGUAGGAAUGGGUUUCGCACUUCUGUACCAAUCCUUCUCCGUGGUCACGGCACUCUACUUUCGAAAGAAGUUGGCAACGGCCUAUGCCAUCGGACGCUCUGGGAUGGGUUUGACAUUUGCCCUGGCUCCGUUCACUCAGCUGCUUCUGGACCAGUAUGCUUGGCAAGGCGCAUUGUUGAUCCUCGGGGCUCUAAUGCUCAACAUGGUGGCCACCGGGAUGCUCCUGCGGCCCAUUCAAGUGAAACCGGCGUCGAGCUGCGCUUCCCCCGUCCAGAAGAGCCCAGCCGUGUCCCUCAAGAGCUCCUCUGAGAAGGACAACGCCAAAAGCUGCCUGAAUGGCUCCUCAUAUUUAUCCAACGGCAUCUCCAAAUCAGACUCACUUCCAUCCCCUCCUCUUUCUCCUCUUGAGGAGCUGGUUUGCACUCAGGAAACCAAGGAGCAGUUGGAGAAUCCUGAACUAAACAGACUGGUUCUCAAUGGCCACGAGACCCACCAAGACGUGGGUCUGUGUAAGCCCACUGCCGAUGGCUCCGUGGAGCUCAACGGCACCUCGAAUGGGUCCACGUCAGUUGGGGUUUCCGCCGUCCACGCCGGCACGCCAAGCGAGGAGAGCCCCCUGAAAACCAAAGUACUAGAUUUUUCCUUGCUCAAGGACCCGUUCUUUUGCAUCUAUACUUGGUCUUUAGUCUUCAGCCAGCUGGCCUACUUCAUCCCCUACUUCCACCUGUCUGCCCGAGCCAGAACCCUAGGCAUUGACCCCAUGGAUGCUUCCUUCAUCAUCUCUGUUGCAGGCAUCACAGAGACCAUCGCCCAGCUGGCCUCGGGCUGGGUGACCGACCGGAACCUGUUCCACAAGUAUCACUACCACAAGGCUUACCUGAUCCUCUGUGGCCUGGUUAACCUGCUUUCCCCGUUGGCCACCUCCUACAUCCUGCUCAUGGUCUACGCCAUUUUCUUUGCCAUCUUCUGUGGCGGCUACAUGGCUCUGCUGCUACCUGUUCUGGUGGAUUUGGUGGGGGCAGAUAAACUCAACAACUCCAUGGGCUUCUCCAUGUUCUUUGUGGGGCUGGGCUGCCUCACGGGUCCUCCUUUGGCAGGUUUCCUGUACGACUACACGCAAACCUACGACUGCUCUUUCUACCUGGCGGGGCUCUGCUACCUACUCUCGUCCCUGUCGCUCUUCAUGGAGCCGCUGGCCCAACGCUGGAAAGCCCGGCAGAACAAAUCGCGCCAGACCAAGACGGCGCAGAGCGGCUGCAGGACCAACGGUUGCUUCGCCCCAGACCGCCCGCACAAUGGCAUCGUGUAAGAGCCAACCAGCAUGGUCGCGACGCCGCGUCGCCCUUCUCGCCUUCAAGCAUCACCCAAGGAUGCAUGAAACUGGUAGACAGAAUGUCGAAAAGCCAAAAGUGUAAUACAGUAUAUUAUAUAUACAUAUAAUCCUGUUUGUAUCAGAGGCACAUGGCAUCCAGCACAUUUUGGAGAGUAGCAAUGCACAAUAUAGCCAACUCUUGCCUUGUUGAAAAUAAGCUAUGCAAAAAAACUUAACUGCUUUUCACCACAAGCACAUGCCUUUUAAAAAGCCGUUACGCUCGCAAUGAAGCACUUUGGGGCCAAAUUGGAACAAGCUCCAUGACUUAGCACAACGUGGACAAACACAAUGAGCUCAAGGCUGCAAUGGUGUAUACAUAGGUUUUACAUACACCAACAUGUGUCUCAUUACCCAGAAGUGAAGGCCAAGCAGGCUAUGCAAAGGACUGGGGGCCGUGGGAUGCGUAUAUUGUAAUGUUGGGUGUUAAAAACAGCUGGUUUGAUCCUUUUUGGUUUUUCCUGCCUAAGUUUGAGCCUUUUUUAGCUUCCUCUCUCCCUAGCCACUUCGUCCAGCUAUUCUAGGGGGAUCCCAAGAAGUUACACAGGCUCUCUGGGGGUUCUGGGUUUUCCAGGUGGGAUGUUCUCAUAAUGUCUCACCAGUGAGGCAUCUUAAAUAGAUGCCCAAGCCACCUCAUCGAGCAUCUCUCAAUGUGGAGGAGCUUGACUAUGAGUCCCUUCAGGUUGACUGAGCUUCUCACGCUAUUUCUGAGGGAGCCCAGAAACCCAGUGGGUCUCGCCCCAUCACUGUUGGCAAUGUGGACCAAAUUCUGACAUUGGUCAUACAGGGACCCAGCAGUCCGUAUCAGGGGGUUUGGUACACCAUACUCCAGAAAGGUCCCUGAGAGACAUGGUCAAAAGGCCUUCUCCAAGUUCACAAUAGACAAGUUCAGGCUGUCUUGCCUAAAAACAGAUUCGAUAAAGUCUUGCUAAGCGCUCUUAAAAGAUGUAGUUCUUCAUUAUUUACUUUAGUGUCACCUCUACCUCCUUUCAGCAUGUCCAGGAGCUGUACCGUGACCUGGAACGUCAGAACCUUUUUUUUUUUUUAAAGCAGGGCAGAUAAAGAGCUAAAAAAAAAAAUAGGAGGGUGCCUUUUUCAUCCAAUAGUUUAUGUUCCUGCAGAAAAAAAUGGCUGGAUAGGCAAGGGUUGACUAAUUCAGUCAUUUUUAUCCUUUUAUUUGAUGAGGUUACAUGAGGUUCUGAUGUAUUUUGGACAAAAUUAAGUAUUGAUCUUUACAAAGACGCCAUUUUGCAGCAUUAUUGCAACUCGGCCUACCUCGCACACACACAUUUUGCUCCAGUAGGUCAAUGCAAGCAGGCUCAAUUUUAUUGAGCUUUAUUCCCGCAAUGAUUAUGAGUUAUCUGAAGGCGAGGUGAGGUGUCAUCUAAUGGCAAAGUUUGGGAUUAUGUUUUUGUACUUUCCUUUUCCACCACUGUUUGCCUUAGCGGGGACGCUCCAGCACUACUUCCUGUGAUGUCAGCCAAAGUCAUGUGAGAGGCUUAAUAUCGGUCCUAAGCAGAUAGGUGUUGAUACACUGCCAUCUAGUGGCAGACGAGGGCUCCUACUACAAGAAUGUCAGCUCAAUGAGUACUUGUUCUUCCCCCUCAAGUCACUUGCACAAUGCUGCACUGAGCCCUAAAACCUUUUUGUUUGUCAAGAUGUUGCAAUCACUGCAGCAGUCACAAUGCACAAAGCCCCCCCCCCACACACACACAAGUUGCGUUCAAGGGCCAAGCCACGUUUUGUAUAACGUUUUAUGAUGCUUUUGAUUUGAGAUUAUUAUUACCUGUUUCUCAUUAUGUUGAUAGCAUUUUCUUUUGCUUUGCGGAUGAGUGUUUUAUUGUGGCUAACUGAUUGAGAGUGUAGAAACUGUGCUUUUAACUAAUCAAAGGUUUUUGUUGUUUCAUUUUUAAAUGCGCACAUGUCAAGUUGCUCCCAUGUUAUCUUGCUCCCCGUCUCGAGUUACGACUGUUAUUGUAAGGCGAGUUGCACAGUUUUGUGUUUCGCGACUGCAGAUUCGUCACAACGACUUGGAAUUUCCCUGAUUGCAAAACUGUUCAAAUUCUCAAUAAAAACACUGAACGAAA